AUGGAAGGCUUUAAUCCCGGCCAUAUAGAACCUGUUUCACCCAUUGGCUCGUCUGACAAUCAUGUGUCAUCUUUCGUGUAUCCGCUGCCUAAAAGCACUAAUGAAUAUAUAAAUAAUUCCAAUGGGAGUGACGCAAAUGCAAAUCCAGCCCCACUGCCGUCUGCCAUAAUGUCCCUCAACUUCAAAAGCUCAUCUUCCCCUAAUAAUAAUUUGCAUAUUCACACAUCAACAUCACCGACAGAUACUAUGGGACAUAUUCAUCAGCAAGAAAAGCUGAAUCAAAACAAUUUGAUCCAUUUAGAUCCAGUACCCAACUUUAAAGACAAGUCUGAUAUCAAGCCAUGGUUACAAAAAAUCUUUUAUCCUCAAGGGAUAGAGCUUGUGAUAGAGAGAUCGGAUACGUUUAAAGUGGUGUUCAAAUGCAAAGCUGCUAAAAGAGGAAGGAACGCAAGGAGGAAAAGAAAAGAUAAUUCUAGCGAACACGACCAAGAAGAGGAAAAAUCACAUAUUAAUGAUGAUGAAUUAAAAUAUACGAGUGGGUCGAAUUUCAUGUUGUCAACUAAUGGUCCUCAAUCAUCACCCGAUUUAACAUCCUCUGUAAUACCAAAGAAGAAGAGAUGUGUGUCGAGGUUCAAUAAUUGUCCCUUCAGAGUACGAGCUACGUAUUCGUUGAAGAGAAAAAGAUGGAGUAUUGUUGUUAUGAAUAAUAACCAUUCACAUUUGCUAAAAUUUAACCCUGAUUCUGAAGAGUAUAAAAAAUUCAAAGAGAGGUUGAGAAAAGAAAAUGACGUGGAUGCAGUCAAGAAGUUUGAUGAACUAGAAUACAGAACGUUGGCCAAUUUACCCAUUCCCACAGCUACUAUCCCUUGUGAUUGUGGUCUAACGAAUGAAAUACAAAGUUUUAACGUUGUCUUGCCUACUAACAGUAACGUAAAUUCGUCUGCGUCUUCUUCAUCUGUAUCAUCUACAUCUCUGGAUUCGUCAAACGCAUCUAAGAGAACAUGUCUCCCCCCUGUAAAUAGCACCGGUAGUAUCAAUACCAAUAACGUAAGAAAACCAAAAAGCCAGUGCAAGAAUAAGGAUACACUCUUAAAAAGAACUACCAUGCAAAACUUUCUCACUACUAAAUCAAGAUUGCGCAAGACGGGCACUCCAACAUCUUCGCUGCAUUCGUCUAAUGCAUUUUCAGGAUAUAUUGACGACCCAUUUAAUAUAAAUGAAAUCUUGCCGCUUCCGGCAUCCGACUUCAAACCAAAUACCGUAACGAAUUUGAACGAAAUCGACUUUACUAACAUAUUCACGAAAUCACCGCAUAGUGGGCCCACUCAUCCAAGACAAGUCUUCGACCAGUUGGAUGAUUGUUCAUCUAUACUAUUCUCCCCAUUGACUACAAAUACAAAUAAUGAAUUUGAAGGAGAGUCGGAUGAUUUCGUUCAUUCUCCAUAUCUGACUUCAGAAGCUGAUUUCAGCCAAAUUCUCAAUAAUGCUCCCCCAGUUCAUCAUGUUCCAGAUGGAGCGCAUCAGGAAAAUCAAGAGAGCAUUGAUAAAUUUGCCAACAGUUCUCAAGAACAUAAUGAGUAUAUCUUACAGUAUUUGACGCAUUUUGAUACGGCUAACCAUACUAAUGCAGGCAUUCCAAAUAACACAUCGCGUCCACUGAACUUUCAACAUAAUAUUACUGACCUAAGUAAUUCUCUUUUGAAACAAGAAGCUUUAGUUAGCAACUCUUCGACGAAGUUUAUUGAUGAAAUGAAGUUUUUACAAGACGGUCCACAUGGUGUCCAACAUCCUAUUGAUUUUCAGCAUGCAAGCCAUCAUCAUCUGAGCUCCAAUGAACAUCAAAUGCGAGCACAUCAAUACGGGCCACAGCAAUAUCCUCAUAAUCAACACCAGCACGGUCAUACCCACGACCACACCCACAGCCAGCAUCAGGAUGUACAGAGGGAAGUGCAGGUUAAUGAAACGCUCGAAAUAAUGGGAAGCACUUUAUUGGAGGAAUUUAAAGACAUCAAGGUGGUUAACGGCGAAUUGAAAUAUGUGAAGCGCGAAGAUUAG